AUGAACAAGCGCCCGCGUUCGGCCUCCGGAGGGCCGCCCCAGAAGCGGGCGGCAGCGAACGCCGGUUCCGACGACGAGGACUUCGACCACCUCAUCGAGGCCGACCAGGAAGAUAUCGGGCUGUUCGAGGAGGACGACGCCAUCGAUCUGAGCGAGGUCCAGGACGGGAAGAACUGGCCCCGCCCAGAGCCUCCCUCGAUCGACCCCGCGAAGGACGCCGUCCAAUUCCAGCAGAUCGAGAUCGACUACAUCCUGGGCAAGCCGCGGAGGGGCAUGACGCGGCCCGACGCGCCGAACAGCGUGGCCUCCAUCCGCAUGUUCGGCGUCAACGCCACGGGCAACUCCGUGUGCCUCUACGUCCACGGCUUCGAGCCGUACUUCUACGUCGAGGCCCCGUACCCGGGCUUCGGCCCGGACGAGUGCGAGACCUUCAGGAACACCAUGAACACGAUGAUGGCGCAGUCGCAGUCCAAGUUCGGCCUGGACAAGUUCGUGCUGCGCGUGGAGAUCCAGCGGAAGCAGUCGGUGUGGUACCACCGCCCGGGCCCGCACGUGAACUUCCUGCGCGUGACGGUGGCCAUCCCCACGCUGGUGACGCCGCUGCGCACGCUGCUGGAGCGCGGCAACGUCACGCUCCCGAACGGCAGCGCGCGGCCCGUGGUCACGUACGAGUCGAACGUCCUCUUCGCGCUGCGCUUCAUGAUCGACGCCGACGUCCCGGGGUGCAACUGGGUGACCGCGCCCGCGGGCAAGUACGAGCUGGUCGCCGACCCCGCGACGCGCACCACGACCUGCCAGAUCGAGGGGCACAUCUUCUGGGAGGACCUGGUGUCGCACCCGAUCUCGGAGAAGUCGGACAUCGCGCCGCUGCGCAUCCUGUCGGUGGACAUUGAGUGUGCGGGGCGCAAGGGGCACUUCCCCGAGGCGGAGAAGGACCCGGUGAUCCAGAUCGCGUCGAUGGUGACGGUGCAGGGGCAGGGCACGGUGGUGCGCAACAUCCUGACGCUGGGCGGGUGCUCGGCGAUCGUGGGCGCGCAGGUGAUGUCGUUCGACCGGGAGCAGGACCUGCUGAUGCGGUGGCGCGACCUGCUGGUCAAGUCGGACCCGGACAUCAUCAUCGGGUACAACAUCUGCAACUUCGACCUGCCGUACCUCGUGAAGCGCGCGGAGACGCUGAAGCUCCCCGGGUUCAUGCACUGGGGCCGCGUGCGCGCGCAGAAGCUCAAGAUGCGCGACGCGCAGUUCUCGAGCAAGGCGUACGGCACGCACGGGUACAAGGAGAUCACGAUCGAGGGGCGCGUGCAGUUCGACAUGCUCAUGGCCGUCACGCGCGACCACAAGCUCACGUCGUACUCGCUGAACAACGUGUCGGCGCACUUCCUGGGCGAGCAGAAGGAGGACGUGCACCACUCGUGCAUCACGGACCUGCAGAACGGGAACGACGACACGCGGCGGCGCCUCGCGGUGUACUGCCUGAAGGACGCGUACCUCCCGCAGCGGCUGUUCGACAAGCUGAUGUACAUGUUCAACAUGGCCGAGAUGGCGCGCGUGACGGGCGUGCCGCUGAGCUACCUCCUCACGCGCGGGCAGUCGAUCAAGGUGUUCUGCCAGAUCCUGCGCAAGUGCCGCAGCAAGAACCUGCUCGUCCCGAACAUCCAGCGGACGGCGCAGGGCGACGGCGUGAGCUACGAGGGCGCGACGGUGCUGGACGCGAAGCAGGGCUUCUACGAGGAGCCGAUCGCGACGCUGGACUUCGCGUCGCUGUACCCGUCGAUCAUGAUGGCGCACAACCUGUGCUACUCGACGCUGGUGCCCCCGAACCACGUGGCGCAGUACGAGCCGCACCAGGUCACGCGCACGCCGAGCGGCGACGUGUUCGUGAAGCGCGGCGUGGCGCCCGGCGUGCUCCCGGAGAUCCUGGAGGAGCUCCUGGGCGCGCGGAAGCGGGCGAAGGCGGACCUGAAGAAGGAGACGGACGAGUUCAAGCGCGCGGUGCUGGACGGGCGGCAGCUGGCGCUCAAGGUGUCGGCCAACUCGGUGUACGGGUUCACGGGCGCGACGGUGGGGAAGAUGCCGUGUCUCGAGAUCUCCAAGUCGGUGACGUCGUUCGGGCGCGAGAUGAUCGAGAUGACGCGCGGCAAGGUGGAGGCGCACUACACGCGCAAGAACGGGUACGCGAACGACGCCGUGGUGAUCUACGGCGACACGGACUCGGUGAUGGUCAACUUCAAGACCGGGUCCGGCGACGGCGCCGUCGCGGAGGCCAUGCGGCUGGGCGCGGAGGCCGCGGACUUCAUCACCAAGGAGCUCUUCCCGCCGCCGGUGCGGCUGGAGUUCGAGAAGGUGUACUUCCCCUACCUCCUGAUCAACAAGAAGCGGUACGCGGGGCUGUACUGGACCAAGCCGGAGAAGUGGGACAAGAUGGACGCCAAGGGCAUUGAGACGGUGCGCCGCGACAACUGCCUGCUGGUGCGCAACGUGGUCAAGACCAGCCUGGAGAAGAUCCUCAUGGAGCGGGACGUCAAGGGCGCCGUCGACUACGUCAAGAAGACCAUCUCGGACCUCCUCAUGGACCGCGUCGACCUCUCGUGGCUCGUCGUCUCCAAGUCCCUGACGAAGGAUGUGGAGGCGUACGACAUGAAGGCGGCCCACGUGGAGCUGGCGAAGAAGAUGCGCCUGCGCGACCCCGUGACGGCGCCCGGGGUGGGCGACCGCGUGCCGUACGUGAUCAUCAAGGCGUCGAAGGACACGAAGACGUACCAGAAGGCGGAGGACCCCGUGUACGCCCUCGACAACAACAUCCCCAUCGACGCACAGCACUACCUCGACCACCACCUCGAGAAGCCGCUCCUGCGCAUCUUCGAACCGAUCCUCAAGAACGCGCGCGACCUCCUCACGGGCGCGCACACGCGCAGCAUCAGCGUCGCCACGCCCAGCGCCCGCGCGGGAGGCAUCAUGAUGUUCACCAAGAAGGUCGCCACGUGCCUGUCGUGCCGCGCACCGCUCGAAAAGGGCCGCAAAACCCUCUGCAAACACUGCGAGCCGAAGCAGGCGGACGUGUACACGGGCCUGCUGACAAAGGCCGCCGCGCUGGAGGACCAGUACAACCGCCUGUGGACCCAGUGUCAGCGCUGUCAGGGGUCGCUGCACCAGGACGUGCUGUGCUCGAACCGCGACUGCCCGAUCUUCUACCGGCGGAAGAAGGCAGGCAAGGAGCUGCAAGAAGCACACAACUCACUCGCGCGAUUCGACGACUGGUAG